AUGACUUGGCUUAGACUUGCCAGCUUUGUGCUGGUCAUCGCUUGCGUUCAAGGUGGCGUUUCGAAAAACGAAGAUUUGGAAUGCAUGUUUUUGGGUUAUCCAGAUCUUGAAUAUGACGGGUUUGACAGAACUGAGGUGUGUUAUUUUUCGAGAUUCUCAAAACGAAAUCUGAAAUUAAUUUUUGAAAAUUUUAGGUAUUGACAGAGAAAAACUUUAACAAGACAGUUUUUGCUGAGGAAACCAAAUCAGUUGUAUUUUUCAAUGAUGUUGAAGAAGAUGAUUCGGAACUCGAUCAAUAUGAAUGCUUCCUCCAGGUUUUCUUUUUUUUUUCAUUUUUAUUUUCAAAACAAAAAAAUAUUCCCUCAUUAUUUUUAACAACCCAUAUGUUCCAGCUUUCUGCUCAAAUUAUGACAAAACGUGGCUACAAUUUUUACACCGUCAACACCACCAAAGAACAUCGUUUGAGACGCCAAGAAGGUAGGGACCAACUAGAAGGGAUGAUAACAAAAAGAAACACACGCAUAGAUUGUUGUGUUGUGUAAUAAUUUUUUUGAGAACGAGCGAUCGUUUCCGUGACUUUGAUUUGUUGUGCACUUUUUUCUUCACUUUUGACAGGGUUGGGGUGGAGGAAAACAAAAAUUGAUGAGUGCUUUUUUCAGAAGUCGAAAAGGGAGAAGAUACCAUUCAUGUUUAUAAAGAUGGAUAUAAGAUUGAAUACAAUGGAGUUCGCGAUCCAGAAACUUUUGUUUCAUGGCUCAUGGAUGUAAGCUUCAUGAGAGAGUUGGUUUGGAUUUUAAUAGUACAAUUUUUCAGAUCCCAGAUGAUCCGGUCACCAUUAUCAAUGAUGAACAUGAUUUGGAAGAAUUCGAAAACAUGGAUGAUGAAUGUGUUAGAAUUAUCGGAUAUUUCGAGCCAGGAUCCGUUGGUAAGACAUUUCCCAAGGGGUGUACAAAGAAGCCAGCUGAAAAAUCCCGGGCUAAAAGAAUUUCAUACCAUCGAAGUUUGAUGUAAAUGUCUAUAAUUGUGCAUCCAGUAUUCAUUUAUCUUCAAUAAUUUUUCAGCAUUGAAAGAAUUCGAAGAAGCCGCUGAAGAUUUCAUGGGAGAGAUUGAAUUCUUCGCCGUAGUCACCUCAAAAUGGGCAAGAAAGGUUGGACUUAAACGAGUUGGAGAAGUUCAAAUGCGCCGACCAUUUGAAGAAGAUCCAUUGUUUGCUCCAACUUCAGCUGAUACUGAAGAAGAAUUUGAAGAAUGGGUUGAGAAGAAUAAGGAGCCAGUUAUGCAAAAACUCACUUUGGAUAACUAUUUCAAUCUUUGGGUUAGCUUCUAGCUUGGCUGUUUUGAGAUUUUUUUUAAAAAUAUUUUCAGAGAGAUCCAGAAGAGGAAGAGCGCAUGAUCUUGGCGUUCGUUGAUGAAGAAACUCGUGAAGGUAGAGCUAUGAAAAAACUUCUUGACAAAAUUGCUGAUGAAAACUCCGAACAUGCUGGAACUUUGGAAAUCAUCCUUGUUGACCCUGAUGAGUUCCCAUUGAUGGUUGAUGUUUGGGAGGAUAUGUUCGGAAUUGAUAUUGAGGAAGGGCCACAAAUUGGACUCAUCGAUAUUUCUGAAAAGGAGGGAAUCUGGUUUGAUAUGUCGCAAGUUAAUUUGGAUGAUCCAAAGAAACAUUCUGAUUCAAACUUUGAAGCUCUUCAAUCAUGGGUUGAUCAAAUUCUUUCCGGAUCUAUUUCUCUUGAUGGCAAGUCCUAUUUUUCGUUUUCUAAUUUUCUUAUAAAAAAUUCAAUUCUUAUUUUUCAGAUGACGAUGAUGAUGAGCCAGAACCACCAGCACCACCACCACCACAAAAAGGAAAAAGAUCAAAGAAAGAGUUGUAA